AACCGUUAAGAGAAAGACCCUAAGGUGGCUGCAGCUGAAGCUAAGUGCAGCCUGAGCGGCGUAUGACGUGACAGGAAAACGUCCACGUGAUAAGAGUCCUCGCUUGCAGUGGUGGAAGAGCAUAUUGUUUUUCUCAGUAGAGCGAGAGGAGCGAACGCUUUCAGCUGCUGACCGCUUAGGAAUGUCGAUGAAGAAACACGCGUGGAUAAAGAAGAACGACUGCGCGCCCCACAUCUGGGAAGGCCACAACCACAACACGCUGUUUUGGUAGGAGUGCCAAGAUCGUGUCUUUCCCGACGCGCGUGCGAGUGCGGUCAGGAAGAGGCAAACAGCUGGCCGCGGAGGCUGAGACAACAUGGCGGAGGGUGGCCCAGCACCCGACGGCCAACCAUCGACGGAGGCAGGCGCAGCAGAGGGUGAACGUGGGACGCCACAGCCGGACGACGCCCUGGACUACGCGCUGUUCGUGUCGCCAGUGUGUCCCGAACUCGGACCAGCAGAAGUGCUCGCCGAUGCCGUCAGGUGCGCCGACACUAGGCUGGAGAGCGUCACCUGGCGGGCGAUGGCGCCCUCUCGAUGCCGCCAUACUCUGGAGCACCUGCGAGCGUGGAACGAAUUUCUCUGGGAGAUACGCGCAGAGGUCUUGGAGACACGUCCGGGGACGCUCGCUCUUUGCUCGCACCCGCCCGCCACGGAGUGCACGAAUGACGAUGACGUUGUCCCGGACAAAAGUGACGUGGGCUUCCGUGCUCAGCGGUACAGGGGCGCCGUGCUUCUCUUCCAUUGGCUCCUGCUCAACAACUACUGUGUGAGAACCGUGGAGCUUGAAGGCUGCCUCCUGCGUCACCACCACGCGAUGUUUUUUGACACCCUAGAGCAAGCACCGUGGUUGCAACGACUGAGCUUGGGCUCUUACAAACUCGACGAUGUGUCUACUGUAGGACUGACGCACGUGCUACCUAGACUUCUGCGACUCCGGGAACUCGAGUUGUACGAUCUAUCGAUGUGGGGACAGGUGAACCAAUGCAGCGCCUUUGAGCGUGCCACGCGCUCUCUGCUUAAAAGGACGACAUCGCUAAAGCGCCUGCGCCUGACGAGGAUCCUUUUCACAUUCGCUAACGUCACGCGCUUCGUGAAAGGGCUAGAGAAGAAUUCGACUCUGGAGGCUCUGCACAUAGACUGGAAUAUUAUCGAGCAACAUGGUUCGCGCUUUGCCAAUUACCUCGCAGGGAACGUCACCCUUCGAGAGCUGAUGGUAGAGGACUGGAGUUACUCGUUGCCUAAUAUGGGUACCGUGUUCAAAGCGCUGGAGGCAAACCGAAGCAUCGUCCAAAUAGUCGGCGAUGGUAUUUACAUGAACAUGGAAGACAUUCGGGCUCUGAACAACGCACUGUUGGUCAACGACGUCGUUCAGAGCAUUGACCUGACCAAGUGCCGCUGGUGCACCGAACAUCAACAGCGGGCCGAAGACACCGAGAGCACGUUAGAGCAUAGUGCGACCUGUCACCCGUUCGCGAAUUUUCUAAGCUGUAACAAGUCUCUCCGUUUUCUGGGACUUCCUGAAGAUAUGCUGAUUGGUGAGUGGGCACAAUGUUUCUUAGAGGCCCUUGGUCGCUCAGACUCGCGCUUGAGGGUCGACGCAGGUUACGUGAGCCAAGACAAAAUCUGUGAUCUUCUCAAUCUUGCCAGGUCAAACGGAUGCCUUGGCAAGUUUACCUUCCGAACGACCAUUGACAACGUGAUAUCCGUGAUCCCACUCAAUGGGGUGCAGUGUUUGAAUGGGAUAGUCUGUCCCGGACCUUCGGAAACGGGACUUGGGCGUGCUAAGGCCUCGAAACCGAGGAAUCCCGUUCAAGCUAGGUUUUCACAUAGCAUCAGGGGGGACAACGACAGGGGUCACCGCAGCAGAGGACACAGCAGCACGAGACACGGCAAGCACGUCGUGGAUGCCGCUGCGCUCGUCAUCAUGGACAUGCGAAGAGCCGCAGACGCGUUGCAGGAGAUGAUCAGUCUGGUCGUAAUGUCAAAGAAUCUCACGAGCCUGCACAUCAAUUUCUUCCGAGACGUAAGUGAAGAUGCGACGCAGCUCCUGGCGGAUUUUCUGUACCACACGAGGACACUGACUGACUUGGCCAUGGUACUCGACUGCAAAUCCGAAGCUUCGCGGAUUAUAUUCGACGGCCUCAACCAUAACCGAAGCUUGUCCACACUGUCGGUGCAGACGUCUCGUGCGCAGUGUUUCAAGGACCUUCCCGACAAACUGGCAUUUCUCAUAUUGUGCAGCGGACACUUGACGCGGCUAGAGUUUCCUCUCCUGGGCCCCUCGCAAACGGCACAGGUGUACUGGAAGCUACCGCGACGCGUAAUGGAGGCUGUGCCCCUAGUGGUGUCACCCACUGACAAGGUGUCCGUGUGCCAGCAGCAGAUCAGACUCAUCUUCAACAAGGUUCGCAUGGACGCCAUGCUCGAGCGCGAGGCGACUACGUUCGUCAUGGGAGAGAGUAGGACCAAGAUGGCCGCCGAGGCAUUCCAACGGCUCGAGGGAAGCCCCGAACUGCUCGCCAGAGUGCGCGAAGCGGGGCUGCUCAGAGGAGAUCAAGCUCAAGCCAAAAUCAAAGCCGCCCGGGAGCGGCUUGUGUUGGACUUUUUCGUUCUCACGGGAGUCGUGCGGGAGCACGUGGUGUGUCUAGAAAGUGCGACUGGAGCGACUCAAAUCGAUCAGGUGUUGAGUGGCCGCGUAUUAAUAAACAUCGUCAGGCACCUUAUGGUGUCAGAUGUGGUCAGCUGACAGCCCUCCUUCAGUUUGCCUGAAUGAGCAUGGAAGUUGAAGCUGAAUGCCCGGAUACAGGUUCUGCACCCUUCCGAGAGGUUGGCUGUCCUUGGAGAAGAGCUUUUCAGCUGCACCAGGAACCAAGCAGGAGCGGCGUAAAAGCACAUCAAAGUGCUUGUGACGACGCCAUGCAUAGCACGGCCGGUGAAGUCACAGUUGCAACGUCGCGAAAAACUGCCGUUCUGACACUUUCGCCUACAGGAAAGCAGGAAAGCGACUGAGGAGGCGCAGAGGCCUCUGCUGGUGCUUGCGGAAGAAAAGAGUGGCGCGUGAUGACAUUGUUUUCAUUCUACGCAGUGCUGGCCUUUUCAAACCUGUGUCGGUGUGCAGGAAGUGUGAAAAGCCCGUUGCAACAAUUGUUUAAGCGGCGUUCAUGUUGCCAAGCCUUUCUCCGUCGUCGAAGAAGCAGUCCAAUGAAGAAUAACUUUUCCUUAAGCUUCCAUGGGAUGCUGGAAUAGGCCGGAAUCUUGUCGACGAGCAUAUGGAGG